AUGGCAUUCAGUCACGAUGGCCAACUACUUGCAACUGCCUCUUGGGAUUCGACGUGCAUGCUCUGGAAAGUCUCGACCGCCACACAGUCCGACAUACCACGAAGAUCUUGUUCUGGCCCAAUAAAGGCAGAUGAGGGGGUUCAUUUGACGCUCUUGAUGAUUUUACCCGUUCAUGAGGAGGGGGCUUCGUGUCUCGCGUUCACGGUCGAUGAUCAGGCUCUGGUUACUUGCGAUGGGUGUGUCGUAAAGCUAUGGGAUGUAUCUGAUGCAUCGACGGACAACCAGGACGAGGGAAACAAAUUGAAGAUGUCGUUGUCAUCUCUCAGUGAACAACUUGACGGGUGGCAGCGCGCGAUCCCGUUCUCGUUCUCCAUCGAGUCGUCGACAAACCUCUUCGCGUUUGAUGAAUCCGUGACCGCUCUAGUCCCGAACCACGAGUGGAUGAAUUUCCGUGAGCGUGCGGAGACGCUGACGCUGCUUGCUCCCUCUCAAACAGAAGGCGAGCGGAACGACGCAAUCGACAUCCGGCAGUGCGUCGACCACAUCAUUGAAGAGAUCGACCCAAGCCAAGAUGAAGCACAAAAGCUCCUCAAUGCUCUUGUCAGCAGUAAGAAGGACGCAGAAGAAGGUUCGAAAAGGGAGGACAACAACGCAAGCGAUGCCAAUGCGCUGACACCGGAGGAGAGUGCGCGGUUGAGAACGCAAUUCCGAAGUAUGGAGAACUUCGACUUCGAGAGGCUCUUCACACCCGCUAUGUCCCUGUCAAUGGACUGUAUUCCAACCAAGACUCUGACGAGGGUGCCUCCCAACCCUGAUGCGGAUGGCCGAUUGAUUCGGUCGUUUUCUAAAUGCACAGCGGCUGGAAUCUUCUCUUCUCACUCGUCGACAAUUACAGGCUGUGCUGUGGCUCAAGAGCUCGACUUGCUGGUGACUGUGGCGCUCGACAGGUCGAUUCGAUAUUGGUCACUCGAGCAAGGAGUCGUGCUGGAGGCCGUAUUCGAUGCCCAUAGCGCGCCAAUCACUUGCUGCGCGCUGACAUCGCCGACCACGUGCAACUUAAACGUCUAUGAAAUGCUGCUCGCUACGGGUGGGUCGGACAACUUGGUUAAAGUUUGGCGCAGGAAUCCGCCCGCACGAGCAGAAUGCAUGUGCAGCCUUUCGGGGCACAACGACGCCAUCAGAUCCCUCGCCUUCGACCCCAGCGGCGUCUUCCUCGUCUCUUCCAGUGAGGACACGACCGCAAUAAUGUGGCGCGUUCGCCCUUCAAGCCCCGACCCGCCCGAGAGGCCUAUGGUGGUUUCAGUCGACCGCUUCUCCAUCAACACUUCGUGGGUCGAGCCUCUGGCGAACGGCGCCAAGAUUCUCCAUUACAUCGUGCGAACUACACAAGUGAGCUCGUUCAUAGGCGACGGCAGUGAUAUGGUCUCCAUUCCAGAUACAGAAGUCCCCGCAAAGUACCUCUCGAAAACCAUCGACAAGCUCCAGCCAGGGGUCAAGUAUACGCUUCAAGUCGCUGCAGUUAACCAGAUCGGAAUAAGUGAGUUUAGUGUUGCCACGGAGCCUGUGGAAACUCUCGCGUUCGUUCCGUCACAAAUUGAUCGCCCCGUGCAACACGAGAACCGUGAAGCCACGCGCAUUACGCUCUCCUGGACGGCGCCGUGUCCGAACGGCGCGGCGAUUCUAUCGUACACCAUUCAGUGCAGACCAGAGAACAGCGCAUUCGUUCCGGUACGAGAAAUCACCCUCCCCGUGGACGAGAUCAAAGUUUCUGUCGUAGAGCCACCAAAUCUGAGUGCUGCCGGGAUAUCGCGCUCGAAGAAGCCAACUGCUCCAGCGCAACCCACUCAGGCUGUUGCCACCCUCUCGUAUACUGCGGACGAACUCUGGGCUGGCGAGGUGUACCAGUUCGUGGUGGCGGCGUCGAACCGCUGCGGGCUUGGCGAGUUUUCGCGCGUGAGUGACUAUGUCAAGAUGGACUGCAUGGCCCCCGACCAGCCCGAGAAACCCGAGAUCGUGAACGUUGACAAGCGCCAACUCGAGGUGCAGUGGGUGAAGCCUCGCUGCAAUGGAAGCGACGUCUUGCAGUACACACUGAGGUGGAGUCAGCAGGUCGAGGACAGCUCCAGCACUAUGGAACACACGGUCGACCUGCUUACGCGCUCCAUCGCUGGGACCAAGUACACUCUCACUGGCUUAGAGCCUGGUAGUCCCGUCCAAGUGUGGGUGUCCGCGUCCAAUCUGGUGGACAACAAGCUGCUGACGUCUCUCGAGUCCCUGCCCAGCGACGCUGUGGCCACUCUGUGCGACGUACCGGGCAUUCCCGACGCUCCUAGUCUUCUAGAGCCGACAGCGCACACGUUGCUGCUUGCGUGGACGCCUCCAAAGCGCAACGGGCUUCCAAUUGACGCCUACGAUGUCGCUCUCUACUCGGAAGACACGCAGUUCGGGGUUCGCGUUCGUCAGCUAAGCCGCGAGUUCACUCUGAAGCCUCACGAUAUAUUCCAGCCCAGCUCGGAUGCAAGGACCGUGGCGUUCCUCCUGCGCCAUCUACGGGGUGAGACCUUCUACAGCGCCACUGUGAGUGCAUGCAACAGCUUAGGGGCGAGUGGUGUCAGCGUUGCCUGCGUUCCGGUGCAGAUGAGAGCCCCAACUGUCCCCGACGCCAUUCCAGAAGCCCCUGCUGUAUCGGACGUGACGCCCACGAGCGUCGUCGUGACCUGGAAGCUCCCGUCGCACGACGGUGGAGCCGCUCUGCGUGGAUUUCACGUGGAGUACAGCGUCCGCUCCAACCGCAGCGACGGUCGACUUCAAGAGAAGAUGGAGAGCGGAGGCGACGUCACUGUCUCUCGAGGCCUUGAACUACACGCGACGUUCCUCAAGCCGCACCGCGUCUAUCGCUUCCGCAUCUCUCCUGAAAACCGCGUCGGUCGAGCAAGUCCCAGCGCCUGGUCCGAGGAAGUGGCCACGCCCAGUCUGGUGGAGUUCACAGUCACGCGCUACUUCGCGCAUCGUCCGCCAGAGGAGCACGCAGCCGCGCGCUACAUCCAGCGGAGAUAUCGAGCGUGGAAGAAAAAGGCCGCGGACGAAGCGCGCUUCAUCGCUGCUCUUGUGGAGGUGCUACGGCACUGGCAUAUUUGA